CAGUGUUGCGCCGGGGCCCGCCGCGCGCGCACGCACCGCCCGCUUCUGGUGCUGCCUCCCAUACUCCGUCACGAAGGAGCCUGCAGAGAGUGAAGGAAUCCGCUACCGUGAAGCUUAGAUAGCUAAGAAGGAGUUCCUUGUAAGGAGUGACCGCUCGGCAGCUGGACGCCAUGUAGCAUACAGAGCAUGCCUCCGCCGCCGCUGCUGCUGCUGCUGCCGCUCUCGUGGUGGCUGCUCGCGCCAGCAGGUGGGUGGGAGCCGCCGGUGCGGCACCACGGCUCGCGCCACCACCACGAGCACCACUGGGGGCCGCGCUUCGAGCUGGAGGACGGCGGCGCCGCGCUGGGCCCGCGCGCCGUGGCCGUGCCGCUGGGCGGGACCGCGCUGCUCGACUGCCGCGUCGCCAUGCUGCGCGACAAGACGGUGGCGUGGCUGCGGCUGCUGUCGGACCGCGUGAGCCUGCUGACGGUGGGCGACAGCGCCUACAGCGCCGACCCGCGGCUGUCGGUGCGCUUCCAGUACCCCAACAACUGGCGGCUGGCCAUCGAGCCGGUGCGCCGCCAGGACGAGGGCGCCUACCUGUGCCAGGUGGCCACGCACCCGCCGCGACUCCUCGCCGUCAACCUCACCGUCAUCGCGCCCGACCUGGAGAUCGUGGACGAGUCGGGCCGGUCGGCGCGCGAGCGCUACUACCAGACGGGCAGCGCCGUCGAGCUGUGGUGCCGGGUGCUGGGCGACACUCAGCCGCCGUCCCGGCGCGCCAUCUGGACCAAGGACGGGCGGCCGCUGCCGCUGGGCGCCGCCGCCGAGGACAUCCCGGAGGGCGAGUCGCUGAGCCGGCUGCGGCUGCCGUUCGCCGACAAGAGCCACUCGGGAGAGUACACGUGCUCGCUGGGACACGGAUCCGACGCCAGCGUCCACGUCCACGUCCUCAACGGUGAGACGCAGGCGGCGGUGCACCACGAGACGUGGAGCGCUGCGAGGCGCCCCCUGCAGCCGGGGGCGGCGUCGCUGCUGCUAUCCGGUGCCGUCGCGGCGGCCGCCGCCCGCCCCCGCAUCAGCUGAUGACGCUGGGAGGCACCACUGGCGGCCGCAUUCUCCGCCCAGCUCAACAGCCGCCCCACAACCGCAGCGGACGCGUCCGCCGCACCCCACAGGGGGUUCGCCGGGUCGACUCACGACUUCAGUCUCCAGACGCCACAGAAACGCUUCCUAACGGCGCUGGUGGCGGUUGUUACAUUUAGCCAUAUUUUACUAUUGUACAGUUGUCUGGAUGGACAUUUCUUCUUACAGGAGCCUUUCGCAAACGUAGGACCGUAACUUUUUGUAGCGUGCUGUAGUUUGCAAAACCAAGUGACAUAGGUUGUAGAGAAGGUAAAGCGAACCAUAAAGGAAGUUUCUUUGCAGGUGCAAAUUGACGAGCAGACCUUCCAGAACGUAAAAUAUUUAGGGUCGACUGAAGAAUUAUAAAAGAGAUGCAGUGCAACAGCUACCCCAUGCCUUCUGAACAUCCGUUUCUUUCUGCUUAAUUCUAGAAUCCUUUCCACUUGGUGGAGGUUUUGGUCAAUUGAGAUGAAAGGCAACACACGAGUCUCAACCUCUUAGUUUCGUGGGACACGUGUUCUGUCAUUGAUCAAAUAUGAAGGAAUGUAAGACACUCCUAUACAAUUUCUUUGCUCACUAAAUGCGACGUUUGAACAAUGACUUACUUUAAGAUAGGAUUUCCCAUGUAUUAAUUUGGAAGAAUGCAGUUUGUAUUCUUUUGUUGAAGAUUUCCUUUGCUUAUCAUAUUCAUAAUACUGGGAGAAACGCAUCAUCCGUUCUUUCCUCUAGACAUCACCGCGAAUAUAUCCUACGACUACGCAUUUUCUAAGAUAAUUCGUCCAUCUUAUCACUAAUGUCAUAGAAAAAGGAAACUUCGCCAAACAGACGAAGCCACUACAGUUAAUUCAACUACAUAUAUUCAAAAACAACCUCGUUAAAAUUAUUUUCAUACUAAUGCACCUUGGAGAACACAAUAACCAAUUUAUAAUAACUAUUCUAAACUCAGUUAUGCGUGAGAAACUUCCUUUCACUGUUGUGGGACGAAAAAUAGGGGAGUCUUGAACAUCCAUUUGCUGUGAAAUCAUAUUUAUAAAUACUAAGCGUUUCUUACAUUUGAUGUGCCAAAUUUGAGAGACUGCAUUCCAACUACCUUCCAUAUGUAAAAAUGAUAAACAAA